GCCUUUGGCAGCGCCGGUCGCGCACAUGGCCCGUGCCAGGUAAAGGGCAUGCGGCCCGCGCUCGCCGCGCUCGCGGCCUGCUGCGUGGUGGCGCGCGCCGAGCUGCCCUCCGCGCGCCUUGCCUCGCGCAACACCACCACCCAGCAUGUGCUUCAAUGUUCCGAAGGGCUCAUCCUUCCACUCUGGCUGCCUCUUGAAGAUGUUCCAACACUUCAAAUUGCCUUACGAGGCUUAGUUUAUUUUUUAACUCUUAUGUACCUUUUCAUUGGAGUAUCCAUCGUCUCCGACAGAUUUAUGGCUGCGAUCGAAGUCAUAACAUCAAGAGAAAAGGAGGUGCGCGUGCGACGUAAUGGAAGCGAACAAAUUAUUGUAGUACGAGUAUGGAACGAAACCGUUGCAAAUUUGACGUUAAUGGCCUUAGGGUCGAGUGCACCUGAAAUAUUGCUAUCAGUCAUCGAAAUAGCCGGGAAAAAUUUUGAAGCUGGAGAUCUAGGACCGGGUACAAUCGUCGGGUCGGCGGCCUACAAUUUAUUCGUGAUAAUCGCAAUCUGCGUUAUGGUGAUACCAGACGGAGAAGUUCGAAAAAUUAAGCAUUUACGAGUGUUCCUUGUUACUGCAACCUGGUCAAUAUUCGCCUAUGUUUGGUUAUAUCUUAUAUUAGCAGUAAUAUCACCGAGUGAAGUCGAGGUUUGGGAAGGCACCGUCACAUUUUUAUUUUUCCCUGCCACCGUAAUGACAGCGUAUAUUGCAGACAGAAGGCUUCUAGUUUACAAGUAUCUAAAGAAAGGAUAUCGAGUCAAUGAACGAGGUGUUAUCGUAGAAGCCGAAGGUGACGGUUCCGUUGAGAUGGCUUUAAAACCGAAUUCUGAUGAAUUUGCAUCGGAUGACGAAGAAGGUCGGGAGUUAGAUAAGUCGCGAAAGGAGUAUAUUUCAGUGCUACGUGAGUUACGAAGACAACAUCCUGAAGAAGAUUUAGAAACAGUAGAGCGGAUGGCGUUGGAGACGUUGAUGUCUCGCGGACCGAAAUCGCGCGCUUUUUACAGAGUUGCCGCAACGAGAAAAAUGACUGGAGGAGGUGAUUUUUCUCGAAAAAUAUCAGAGAGAGCACAGAGUGAUUUGAGUGAAGUUAAAGCUGAAUUACAACGGCGAGAAUCGACCUCUGUAGCAGUUGAGCCAAAAGGGCCAAACUUGCGUUUCGAUCCCGAUCAUUACACCGUAAUGGAGAAUUGCGGAUCUUUUGAAGUGAGAGUAGUUCGUCGUGGAGAUCUAAGUGGCGAGGUCACCGUACAAUACAACACUGAAGAUGGAACUGCCGAGGCCGGAUCAGAUUAUGUUGCAGCACAAGGUUCUCUCGUAUUUGGACAUGGCGAAACAGAGAAGAAGUUCACUGUCCAAGUUAUUGACGACGAUGUAUUCGAGGAGGAUGAACACUUCUACGUUCGCUUGACAGCACCAAAAGGCGCAUGUUUAGCUUCACCAUCUACAGCAACUGUAGUGAUAUUGGACGACGAUCAUUCUGGAGUGUUUUCAUUCCCUCAGAGGGAUUUUGAGUUAAUUGAAUCGGUCGGGACUUACGAACUGCGUGUGGUGAGGACGGCUGGUGCUAGGGGCAAGGUUCGAAUUCCAUACUGGACGGAAGACGGUACAGCAAAGAGCGGUGCACAGUUCGAAGCCGUGCAAGAUUCCAUCGUUUUCGAGGACAAUGAAACUGAAAAAUUCAUUUCUCUCCACAUCAUUGAAGAAGAUAGCUACGAGAAGGAUGUUUUAUUCUACGUCAACCUCGGCAACCCGGUUCUGUUGGGGGAUGAUAAUCGUCCUGUGCUGACUGACAAUGAAGUUGAACACCUGACAACACUCCCAGAGGAAGAAGCCGUGGUUGCCCUAAUGGGGUAUCCACGUGCAGGAGAAAUUACUCGCGCGCAACUGAGAGUUAAAGAGAGCAAAGAAUUUAAGAAUACUGUAGAUAAAUUAGUUCAAAGAGCAAACGCCUCAAUUAUUAUCGGAACGUCAUCAUGGAAGGAACAGUUCUCAGAGGCUUUGACAGCGAGUUCAGACAAUCCUGAUGAGCCACCAUCUUGCGGAGAUUACAUUCUACAUAUUUUUACACUUUUCUGGAAAAUUAUCUUCGCGUUUGUUCCACCUACGGACAUUGGAGGCGGCUAUGUCUGCUUCGUAGUGUCAAUUAUUUGCAUCGGUCUCGUGACGGCUGUCAUCGGAGAUGUCGCUUCCCACUUCGGCUGCACCCUCGGAAUUAAGGACUCAGUCACUGCCAUCAUAUUUGUUGCUCUUGGGACUAGCAUACCUGAUACAUUCGCAAGUAAAGUGGCAGCCAUACAAGAUAAACAUGCGGAUGCAUCAGUAGGCAAUGUCACAGGCUCGAAUGCUGUAAACGUAUUCCUGGGUAUAGGAGUCGCGUGGACGGUGGCCGCGGUUGUCCAUUGGAGUAAAAAUGAAAAGUUUAUCGUUGAUCCAGGAAACCUAGCGUUCAGCGUCACCAUGUUCUGUUCUGAAGCGGCCCUUGCUGUCUUAGUGUUAGUAUUGCGACGUAGAAAAUCCAUAGGAGGAGAACUAGGUGGACCAAGAGGUAUCAAGAUCGUUACGUCCAUGUUCUUCUUCUCAUUGUGGCUAACAUAUCUCACGAUGUCCACAUUAGAAGCUUACGGUUAUAUCAAAGGAUUUUAAUGGUUUUUGUUUUGUGGCUUGAUAGCUUUAUUAAUAAGAACGUAGCCGCUUCCCAUUGGAUUAUAUUAAAACAAUAUUCUAUAUCUCUAAAUGUGUUUUUAAAAAUUGUCGUGUUUAAUCUGUAUAUCGUGUUGUUUUUUUAGAAAUCUAUAUAAAACUAAAUAGCUUACUUUGUCUGUAACCUAUAUCCGAUUUUUAAUUAUAAAAUAAUCUCGGCUCUAUCCUAAAUCUAUUUUCAAAAAAAUCUAAAAUAAAAAAAUUAAAACUUUUCGAAUAUAGAACGUAGAAUGAAAAAAAAAGGGAGAAGCGGUUAAAAAUAUGGUUUGACAAGGCAUAGUGUUCCUUUACCUGUAUAUUAGUAUAAAUGAUUAUAUAUAAUAGAUGUUUCCAGAAAUUGAGGCGAUGUGCUCAAAUGUACAGGCUUAGGAUUCGAAUCGUAUUUUCUCCUUUCUCUUGAAGUUUUCCCUUUCAGACUUCUAAUAUCAUUAUGUAGCCUUGAAGGCUGUGGUAUAAAGGUCUAAGUAGAAUAAAUGUGGAGUUUAUAAUUAUAAUAUAUGUAAUUAAAUCAUGUUGAUGUAUUUCGUAGGCCAUUGUUAGAAUAAUGUUUAUAAUAUAUAUCAAAAGUAAUCUAGACUAGUGAGGGGCAUAUCUUUGUCGUUACAUAAUUUUCUGAUUUAAAUUCAAUUUAUAGUUACAAUAAAUUUCAGUGAAAUUAGACACAUGUAGGUUUCCUCACGAUGUUUUCCUUCACCGUAAAGCACGAGAUGAAUUAUAAUUCACUGAAAUUCUGCCACAUGUGAAUUCUACCAACCCGCAUUGGAGCAGCUUGGUGGAAUAAGCUCCAAACCUUCUCCUCAAAAAGAGGGGAGGAGGCCUUUAGCCCAGCAGUGGGACAUUCACAGGCUGUUACGGAUUACGGAUUACAAUAAAUUUUUUGCAUGUUGAUUUAUAGAUUAUAUAUAAGCAAAAGCAAUAAUAUCCAUUCGAUUUGCCCCAUCACUAUGCUUGGUUACUUUUGUAAAGGCUACUAUUAAAGCAGAUAAUUAUAUUUAUGUCAUUAUUAAGGUCAAAGUAGAUGCUUGAAGGAUUGUAUCGUUUGUUUUACGAAUUGUCAUCUUCAAGUACAUAUAAAAUUAAAGUUAUACUUGUGAAUUUGUUAUUGUUUUUAGAGUAUAUACUCUAAAUUAUGAAUAAACAUUUAAUUACAUCUCCUUAAAUAUUUAUCAAAUAUCAAAGAUUUAUUUUUGCAAAGUGUGACAAUUUUAAUAAACUGUCAAUUGAUUUUAAUUAGUCUUUUUAUUUGUACUUGAAGCGUGAAUCGCGAUAACUGUCUUUAUAACGGAGCUAUAAAAGCGUUGUCGAUAGAUUGAAUUAAAAUUUUUAUUAUAUCGAUAAUGACAUGUGCCGUCACUAUGUGUUUUAAUGUGUUAGUGUUCUGUAUAUAAGCGAAAUGGAUAAAUUAUUUUGUAAUAAUGUCAUAGUUUGUUUUUACCACGAAUAUGAAACAUUGCGCUGAGCCCUAAGAAAGAGAUGAGGUCCAAGUGGAUCAUGAAAGAAUGUAGUACGUUUGUUAUAUACACAUAUCUAUAUAAAGUAAUAACAAUGUUUUAUUUUGUUUAUAAAAUAUAUAUUUCAUUUUAAUACUUUUCCUUGUAUGAUAUGUAUUUUAGUCUUUCGGUUCUGACAUUAGUUCAUUUUCUGGGUUUAGUUUAACGUAAUCAAGGGUAUUAUAGAUAUAAAUAUUUAUAAGAGAAAUAUUAAUUCAGUUCUAUAAAAAUAACAAGGAAAGUUAAUUUUCAAUCAUAUUGAAGUGUAGUUUCACGUUCUCUAAGCCAGCUAUCGGCAAACGUCAGAAUUAAUAAAAUUGAAAUUAUGUUUAGUUAUAAACUUAUAAAUAAUUAAAUUUGUUCAAUUAUAUAAGAACAAACAAUGAUAUUAGUAAUUUAUUUUAAUUUGAAUAAAAAAAAAAUCCUCAGCGAUAUUAUUUUAAUUGAUUAAUAAUGAAUUUCGACUUAUAAGCUUUUAUUAAUAUUACUCUGGGGGCAAGUUUUCGUAAAUCAGGUCCGUGGAAAUAUAAUUUGAAAAAAAAUGUUGAAAAAAAAAAUUACAGAGCCUGCCAUCUUAGACGCCAUAUUAGAAGCGUAAAUGAUAAUUUAUGCGUAAACAUUCGAUUAAUUAAAAUACAUACAAUUUGCCACUGUAGCUAGUACUAUUAUGAUUUAACUAUAAGAAUUAAAAUUAUUUUACAACCAUCAUGGAUGCCCUGACAUAUUACGUCAUGACGUGACAUUCGUAUAUUCUACAACUUUUUUUUUCCCUUUCUGGCGUGUGUCUACGCUAUUUGAGUCACGAAUAAAUUUGAGUCACGUAUAAAAUAGAUGACACAUAUGAUAUGACAUUAUUCGGUUUCAAAUUUUGAAUCGUUUAUGAUGAUGAGUGAAAACUAUGUAAUUCUACAGUAGAUCUGGAACAAUAUUAUAAUUGCAUUAAAUAAUUAUUUGAACACAACAUAUAAAUAAUAUUAUUCUACAACUAUUAUCAGACAAACUGACAUUACAACUAUUAAAAAUGUCAAUGUCAAUUUUUAAUAUCAUGGAGUCCCCGAAACUAAUCUUGCCCACAGACUAUAUAAUAAAAUCAUAAAAUCAAAACGUUUUCUUUAAAAAACUCUAUUUAGAAUCAAUGGCAUAUAUUUAUUCUAGCUCUAGUAACUGCCUAUUUAUAAAUAGUUAUAAAGUAUCAAAUAGAAGAUCGAACGCUUUACGACAUAGAAUAUAAAAUAGAAAAAAAAAUAUAUAUUAAUCCUACUUACACUUAAAAUGUGCACAUAGAUUAAAAAAUUUUUAGAGAUUUUUUUUUUAAAUUGUUCUGACAACUUAGUAUUAUUAUAUUUGUUUAUAAUCUGUAUUCAUUAGUGCUUUUGCUUCGUUAACUUAACUACAUUUUAAGCUUUGAUUAUAUACAAACCAUAAUAAUAUAAAAUAACUGGUCGCUAAAUGAUAAUAUGACAACGAAAUUUUUUACUAGUAUAGCAAAUAUAGAUUUAUAAUCACAAUUCUCUCUUGAGUAGAAAAUAAUAUCUAAUAUCAACACCUGCAAGGAAUAACAUUGUAACUUGGUUUUAACGAGCCUUAUAUAUUAUGGCAACACUUUCAAAAGUACUUUUGACUAAUGAUAUCGUAUUUUAAAUCCGGUUAGUUUUAUUUCUUAGAGUAAUAUCUAAGGAAUUGAUAUUACUAAUUACAUCCUUGUACCGAGAUAUUAAACAUGAACGAAUAAAAUAAACAACAGUAUCAGUGGAAAGAGUUCACAUAGAAUAAGUAAUUUACAAUUCAAUAAAUGCUUUCUUGUUUAUCAUUGCCUGAUGUUGAUUAAAAAAAAACUGUUUAAUUUUAAAAAUAUUGCAAACAUAUUCCUUGCAGGAUAAUGGGAUUGGCAUGGGAGAAAUUUUAAACCACUUAGAUUUGCUUUUAAUAUAAUAUUAUAUUUUAGUAAUGUUUUUAAUAUGUAACGUUUUUGGAUUUUUAUUACGCUGUAUUUAUAUUUCCUCUGUAUAUCUCUCUGGACCAAAAUUAAUUUCGAAUUUAUUUACAUUAGGAUCUUUUUGAAUAUAUUCAUGUGAUUCACAUUUUAUGAUCUUUUAGAUUUUUUAAAUUACAUAAUUUAUCUGUAGCAUUGAAAAGGUUUAAUAUAAACAUUAUUGGCAACCCGUGAGCUAUUACGCAGUUAAUUGCUUUACAUGUUAUUUUUUACAAAGAAAUAUUUACAAUAUAGGCAUAUAAUAUAUGAGUUUUCCAUAGCCGUUUAUAAUUAAAUAUAAUGAUAUAUAAAUAACAAUUAGAAAUUGUUUAUUUUAACAGAAAAGUAGUCAUUUUUAAGUAGUUUUUUUUUAUAAAUGUAUUCCAUGGCCAUUUCUCUCACAAUAUGAAUAUUUAACUUAUGCAGAUCGAAUGCUCAAGUAUUUAACAAAAUCCUAGCUUUGUAGGGGUAAAUAGAAUUUACUACAUUAGUUAACAAAAAUUACAACACAUUUGCAUGUAAUAAAUAAACAUGUAAGCAAUAUAAUAAUUAGCAUAUUUAUAAUGUCAUUGACAGUGCACUUAUUAUCCUCUCUUAAAACUCAAUUGCAAUAAACAAAAAUUCUUCUAAAAAUAAUAAAUGCUAGUGCAAUUAAAAUCACCCUACUCUACAAAGCUUAUUAUUUGAUAUAUAUAUAUAUAUACAAUAGGCUGUAUAUCAGUAUUUCAAUUCAAUUGUUUCGUAAUAAAAAUAUUCGACAAGUUACUAAGCGAUAUUAUUUUUAAUAAUUAAAAAUCGAUCAGCGAAAUCGAUAAUCUUUUAUAAAUAUGAUAUAUGCCUAAAGUUUUCACUUUAAAUUAAUUAAUAUAUAUACGUAUUUUAUUGGAAUGAAGCUCGAUAUUAAGCGCGUGAUCGCAUUCGAUGAGAAUUCCUUGACGAAAGAUUUGCCGAUUUACUUGAAACGGAACGUGAUUUUGCCGUGACAAGUUGCAAGUGACUUUAUUACUUAGUUAUUAGGAUCUGAUAUAAUGGCUCAUAAAAAUGACUGAUAAUGAGCAAUUUAUGAAUUUUACAAUUAAACCUUAUGUAAAAGGUAAACAUUUGACUGUUUUCAAAUUUCGAAUAUAAAAUUUAAACAAUGGUGUAAUUAAAUUGACUCCAUUAAUAUAAUCCUAUUCUAUCAACAUUUGUUAUUACUCCUGAUUCUUCCAACUUAUAUAAAUAACUGUACCUUUAAUAUUUAUUGUUAUAUCUCAUUAUAUCAGAUCGUAAUAGAAGUAUCAUAAUAACUUUUAACAUGAAAGCAAAUUGUUACAAAAAGAUAAUUAACAUUUUAUUUUCGGCUGCAUAAAAUAGUACCUUGGACAACAAAUGAAUUAUAAUUAUAUUAUAUAAACAAAAUCCGAAAAUUAUAUUUAUCAAUUGUGGCUAUUUGCUACGAAGCUAAUUAGAUUGUAAUAAUUGUAGGAUCACUUCUACUCUAUACAUUUCCUUAUUCCUAAAUCUGUAGUAUUCACUCUUAGAAAUAAAAUAUCAAAUUCCUCUUACAUAUUCAAUUUUUUUUUAAAUCUUUAUAUUAAAUAAAACCUAAUUAUUUAUAUAUGAACUUCUAAUGUUACUCGUAUAUUUAAUUUCACGGUACAAUUUAAUUUGUAGUCAUUAUAUUUUAGAUCUGUCCUUCUGAAAAAUAAAUAACUUAUCAUUUUUAAUGUUAUAGUGAAUGUGUUAUUUAAGGCUUUUGUCUUGUAAAAUUUAUCCUCGAUGUAGUGUGUAUGUUGUAUUUAAAAAAAGAACGGCACGCCAAUCAAAUGUUGUAGUUAUUUUGAUAAUUAUUAUUGUUAUAUGAAUUAAAGUGUUUGUUAAGUACUUAAA